UCUCUACUUGAGCAGGGCAGCUCUCCCCUCGGCCUGUUUAGAACAUCUCCCUUUUUACUAUGGUGUGCUUGAGAUCUGCAAAACCCAACACUGGCCUGGCCAUCCAGGUUCUGAAAAGGAGCCAGCCACGGGCAAACCUACACAGCUGGCAGAAUGCAGCUCAACCUCCUGUCUCAGGACACCUGGAGACAUGGACACCAUGGUGCCUACCUCGGGCCUAUUGAAAGGGAGUCUCCCUUGACUCUCCGGGGGUCCCCUGUCAGCCAUCUUUACUACAUUCUCUCUCCUGGGGACAGAAGAGCCUACCCGCUGGAUGACUCAUCCAAUUCUAUCCAGAGACAGCCCCUGGCUGUCCCCAUGGGGCUUGAGGACAGUGCCCCCGGUGUUCAGACACAGCAGCAGCAGCAGCAGCAGCAGCAGCAGCAGCCUGGGGUUGCUCUCCAGGAGCUGGAAAAGGAGGAAAUCGCCCCGACAGAUGUUAAAUACCGCCUGCAGCUGCUUGAGGAGGCUCCAUUGCAGAGAGAGAGUUCAAGCGUACACAACCAGUUCUACAAGCCUGCAUGGGUCCCAGUCAGCAAGACCCACAGAGAAUGGUUCAAGCCCUGGAAGAUGGGCAAUGUGGUACAUGAGGACGAGCCCUCCCAUCCAGGUCACAUUCAGGGCAGAAGAAUAGCACCAAGAGGACAUCUGAACCACGAGGAGCACCUCAACCAGGACCAGACCAACACCCAAGCCCCAGUGUGGAGUCAAGUUCUCUCACCUGGUCUAGAUAAGAGCAGUCAAGGGAUCACCCAAUCCACACAGCGUGUGGCGAGGGAAGUGGCACCUGGCUGGCCCACGACCCACGCACAUCAGGAGCCGAGCCAGACCAAGCAGGGGAUAGCCAUUACGGGGACAAAGAGAGCUGCCAAGUUUGAUGAAGCCACAGCAUCCAGGAUGUCCUGUCUGCCACCUCUCAAGCUCCUGUCGAGAAGAGUCAAGAGUAAGUGCCCCCCCAACACACCUGGAAUCCUCCAAGUCAAAUUCCAAACAGACCUGACCGGCAGGCACUUCUUCCAAGACUGGAGGGCUCAGCCCCAAGGGCGCUAUGGAAGCCAUGAAAAACCCCUGGUGCCAUCUGAGGAUCAAGUCAACCCCAGGCUCACCUACAUGCCCUUGUUUACUCAAAGAGUGAAGCUGUACAAGCCCAAGGCCAACGGCAUCAAGCAUGAGACAAAUGCUUCCUCCGCUGAGCAGGGAAAAUCCAUCAGCUCCAGAAUUUCGGCCUCAAAAACAGAACCUGUGGAAAACCAGACUGCCUGAGUAACUUCUGGAAAAACCCCACGGAAGCCGUGGCUGUAAUCCCAGCACGCAGCCGAGCUAAGACUGAUACUCAGCUCUGGGACCAGUUGCGGCCAUUCUUCCCACCGUCCCUGUGACGUCUCACGAGGCUGCAGGGUAAGGGUGAGUCAUCUUUGGGAAGGAAUGCUGUUCCUUGUGUCCCAGAAGGGCAAGUGUGUUCCGGAAGACCUGAGAGGAAAGGUCAGUAAUUUCUCUAAUCCAUGAGGCAAUGGACGAGCAUCCGGGCUUCUCCCGAAAGCACCGCCAAUGACUUACAUUCUGCUCAAGCCACCUGAGGGGCUGCUCCUGACUUCCUUUUUAAACCGAGAUAGACUGCACACACUGUAAGAGUUGCCCUUUGCACAUGUACAGUUCCGUGGCUGCCUGUAUUGUUCACUGAUUAAAUCCAUGUGGUGGUGGCACACACUCACAA